CGUGAAAAAAACAUGACGUUUUCUCAUUAGUUGUGAUUUUUUUGUUUCCAGCGAAAUUUUACAGCAAUUUUGUUGUUAUUUGUGCAAAUGUAGUGUUCAGUGGUCCAGGAAAUUAACAAUUGAUCAAUCGAUCGUCGUAGAAGUUGUGGAAUAAUUAAAUUCAAGAUGACGGAAACACGAAGGAUGCAGCUUCACCUUGGGAAAUGUAUUGAGGAUUUGGAUAAAUUGUAUAAUGUACCUGAUUUGAAGCAUAAGAAGGCUACGCUGUUAUGCAAAACUGCUCAGAAAUUGUUUGAAAGUGCUGAGGAGGCUCGGGAGAAGGGUGAUGAGGAGUCCUCGUACAUAUUCUACAUGAAAUACCUGCGGGUGAUUUCGUUUAUCACCAAAGACAAGGAGUACCAGAAAGACAAAACAUACUUCACUAAUAUGUUGGGUCCGAAGAACCCAAACAAAGCAAUAGAUGCUGCUGAGAUUUUGAAAAACAGUUUAAUAGAAAGGUAUGCAAAAGAACAAAAAGCCAAAAGGCUCAAUGACAUAAAAGAGAAUGAGAUGAUCAAACAAAAAAUCGAUGAGAACCGUAAGAAAGCAAUGGAAGCGGUAACCGUGGUCGAGCCACCACAGCCGCUAGGUCUGCCCAGUUUAGACGAAGUGACAAUCAAGAGCGAACAACUGUACACUAUCCUCAAGAGUGGCAAGCUGAAGGUGAUGAUUCUGGACGCCCGGCCCGGGAAGGACUACGUGGAGUCACACAUCAACACCCCGGCCUGUAUUAGUGUGCCUGAGGAGUGUAUAUCGCCUGGGCAAUCGGCGCACGUCCUAGAACAGAACCUGCCUACAGCAUCCCGCGCGGUGUGGGCGGAGCGAGCUACCAUGGAGCUGAUCGUCAUGCUGGACUGGGCCAGCCGCGCCGUCAUCCCUGGACAGACCUUGCACCUGCUCAAGACCAUCCUGCUCAAGGUAUCAUAA